CGUAAAACUGGGAGAGGGUUUGUUUUGUCACCAUUUUUCUUCGUGGACGAAGCCAUACCACAGACAGAAGGGGUUAAUGUCCAGUAUAUUUGGCCAUACUUGCUUAAUACCCACCUUGCAGUCGACUGAAAAUGUCUACAUUACAGAUGUUGCAAGUGUUCUUAAAUGAGCGUUUAACAGCGGCUGCUGUGGAGAUUUUCGGGGCAUUUGAGAAAACGGUAGUCGAGUACCAGGAGGAGAAUGAUAAUCUACGGAGACUGCUGCAGAUAACACCGGACAUAAACCUAUUUAGAAAAGGUUCGCAUAGUCCCUUCAGUUAUCUCGUUGUCACUGAAGAGGAGGUUCCCCCUGAGCAGCAGCACUGUGAGCAGGAGAGGAGAACCAGUCUGCAGCAGGAGGACCGAGAACCCAAACAGAUUAAAGAGGAACAGGAGGAACUCUGGACCUGUCAGGAGGAAGAGCAGCUUCAAUGGCAGGAGGCUGAUAGUGUGUUCAAAUUCCCUCUUUGUGUGAAAAGUAAAUGUGAUCCGGAAAACCCACUUCAGUCCUUUACUCUUCCCCAAACCCAGACGGUGGAGAACAGAGAGAGUGCCUUUAAACCAGUGGAUCUCCCACAUUUUGUCACUUUUACCCACCUAAAGGGUCUCGACAUUCCCUGUGACCCCCCAGAUAAUCAAAACGAUUCCUACAGCCACAGCUCAGCUGUAAGCAGUGACCCAGUAGGACUUAGGCUGCUGUCACCAUUCCAUCCCAGUCCACCAUUGAAUCCCAACCUAUCAAUGGGGGAACACUGUUGCAAACCCGGCACCAUGUCUAGAAAAGCUCUCCGCUGCUGUGACUGUGGUGAAACGUUUGCUCUGAAAGCUGACCUGCAGGAGCAUGUGACUCUCGCCAAGAAGAUACCCAGCGAAUGCCACCUCUGCCAAAAACUCUACAACUCCACCUGUAAAUUGAAGGCCCAUGUCAGACUCUGUCACGUGGAGAGACCCUGCACCUGCCCCUUUUGUGGAAAGACCUUCAAACUCAAAGGACAUCUGUCCAGACAUAUGAGGAUUCACACAGGAGAGAAACCAUUUGGCUGUGGUGAUUGUGGGAAAAGCAUCAUUCAGAAGGGGGACCUAAUGAGGCACAUACUGACUCACACAGGAGAGAAACCAUUUAGCUGUGGGAAAAGCUUCAAUCGGAAGGGGAACCUAACUGAACAUAUACGGACUUGCACAUACUGACUUACACAGGAAAGAAAGUUUACAAAGAAACAAAUUAAUUAAUUAGGACGAAGGCAUCUUGUCAGAUGGAAAACACUCUUUAGAAAAGCAACUCGAUCAUUCAUUCUGUGGGUUUCAGAUAGAUGUCAUGAAUUUAUUUUUGCUAAACGUUCUAUGUAAAUAAAGUUUGAUUUGAUCCAA